AUGGAAAGUCACCGGAAAUCGCCGCCGCCGGCAGCCACCCGCGCACAUUCCAUGCCCAGCCGCGUGCCGCCCGACACCGGUGCAUGCUCCCAGCGCCGCUCCCGCACACUAUCCCUCCACGCCUCACGCCACCGCUGCUCGUGUUCCUCCGCGCCCUAUCCCAACACGAGAAGCACGCGCGGCCCGUCCGCGCACGCUGCACGCCCACGUGACCACACUCGCCCUUGCCCAGUCUGCAUCGGCCUAGGACAGCUGCUCCCGCACCCGCACGUGCAUCCAGCGCCUGCCCGCGUCUAUCCACUUGUCCGCGCGUCCCUACCAGCACCCGACGCGUCCCGACCAGCAUCUGUCCGCGACCAGCGCCUGACCAUACCCGAGAUGCACCUUGACCGAGUCGCAGUCGAGCUCGACCGAGCCAAGCUACAGUCUGACCGAACAGUGCCUCGUCGCAGUGGGAGGGUUUCUCAUUUACCCGACCGAUGGAUAGAAACUCGACCCUCCGCGACUGAGGCGUUACCGUCGACAGUGCUCCCGAUUGUCGUCGGAGAAAAUCCCGAGCAAACAGAACUAACGGCAGCAAAUUGCAACGCCGCUCACUCACCACAGAUAGCGGAGGUUACCGGCCAACUCCACUCGAUUAAAUUCGGCUCUAUUCCAUCGGAGGGUUGCCAAGAUUUGUUGGUGCCGACGGGCUUGCUCCUCCCUGCUCAAUCGUCUCUAUCUGAUGGCGGCGACCAGGUAAGCUUUAACCCUCAGCUUCCACUUCAAGUGGAGACAUACACUCGGGCCAAGACUUCUCAGACGGGCCUCUUGACUACUAAGGGUGGGCCACAACUUCCUAGGCCCAAUUCAACCAACAACCUUCCCUUAAACCAUUUUGGGCCGGCCAUUCCCCACCAUAAUCCUUCUCAGCCUACAUCUCACUCCCCACCCCAAUCCCAACACUAUUAA